AAUAUAUAUAUAUAUAUAUAGUUCCAUACAAAAUGUCACUUAGCAAUAAUAUACGCGUUUCUUUUAAAAGCCGAAUUUAAAAAAAAGGAUGUAAAAAUACAGUUGAUGUAUUGGUACUUGUUAAAAAGUUAACGUAAAUCAUCUGACUUUGACGAUAACAUCCAAAUGCUAAUAUUCUAAAUGGAGUACUCACUCCGGUUGAUAAUGUUCAGUCGCUUUGCUGAACGCUUGGGAGUGAGUGACACUUUAAAAGGCGCCACUGACCUGUUUUGUAACUACAAAUUAUUAACAUAUCCUCGUAUUGCUUGACCCGUGAUUAAUGGAUGUAACCUGUACCGUAGCAACGUACCGCGAAUGUUAGCCCAAGCCUUAAGACGAGCUAAAUACACUUGAUGCUAGCAAUGCUAGCUGUGUUGUUUUAUCCGCAGUCUUAACAGUCACCCAAACGUCUUCGUUGAAGUCUUCUAUGCCGGCUAAUAUGGCACACAGGAAAGAAGUGUUCCAGUCAAAGGUACUCCAGAAGCUUUACCCUGCAGCCCCUAAAUCGGACAAGGAACCCAGCUCAGCGUGCACAGUGGCAGCUGUAGCCCCAACAAUAUAUACGAAAAGAAAAGCUUCUCACAGUCACGGUAAUAUAGAAAUGACACCAAGUGCGAUCAAAACUAGGCGAAUGUACACUGUCAUACCACCUCCUGCAGACUACAAUGCAGAUCCUGGGAAAACUGUCACCCUGCUCCAGCAUGAAAUAAUUAUGGAAGCCUCAUCGGAACAUGACGUACAGGAGUUCAGUGAAAAACCGGACCAAGAUGUAGAAGCAGAUGAACAGAAAAAAAGAAGGAAAAGAAGAAAAAAGAGAUGUAAUCCCAAAGGAGACUUGUGCAAAGAUGGAGUGGCUCCAAUCAAAGACUCUCGCAUUGGUCAGAAUGAUAUGCCAGCUGAUGAGGAAGCAGUGCUCAUUAGCCGGAACAAGAAGAGGAAACUGAAGAAGAAGCGGCACAAAGAGAAGCUGCUCUCAAUGGGCUUGAUGCCUCGGGCGUCUGCUCUGGAGUUCACUUACCAAAAACAAAAGGAGGAUGGGAGAGGAUGUGAGGAUAGUUGCUGAGGUAGCAGAUUUUUCGGAGAUUACAUUAGAAAUCUAUAAAUUAGAUUGUAAGUGUAGAGCUUUGAACAUUGUUGUAUUAUUCUACGAUCCUCUGGUCUGAUGUUGCUUUGCACAGGUGUGAAUUUGAUUGUAUUUGUUGUAUAACACACCUUUUGGAAACCUAGAGAUUAGGCCUUGGCGAUAUAUCAAUUUUAUCGAUAUAUUCAAGUUUUUUGUUACAGACGAUUUAAAUUUUAUAUAUUUUUUUUCCCUUUUGCUCCGGCAUACUUGCCUCUCAGCAGCUUCAGUAGCUUGCGCCGUCCCCUUACUUCCUUAUUGGCUCACAUAGCAAAACAUGGGGAAUGCUAACGAGAGCGAGACGUUUGUUUUGAAGAAAAGAAAUGUGUUGUCAGUAGUUUGGUUUUGCGACAACAGGCGUGGAACAAAUGACUGCACGGUGCGAAGUUUGUUUCAAAAAGGCAUCCGCACAACAAACUUAUUCCAGCAUCUGAAACCGAAGCCCCCAGACCAGUGCGAGAAAAUACAGUUCUUUACGAGGCAAACAAGACGCAACAACACACAAACUACAAGCUGAAAAUCACCUUACUAUGGUGGAAUCAUUUACACAAGAGGAAACCACUGUGGUUGCAACAUUGUUCCAAUACUGGAUAACAGACAUUCUUCCCAUGAAGAGAGGCAAUGAAAGUGAACUUUAUACAACACAUCCUUACAACAACAGACAUUCCACCCAAGCCUACCAUAAUGUGUAUGUGGUGCGUCCACCGGAAAAGACCAUGCCUGGCCUGGCUAUGCUCUUAGGGGCCGUGGGGAUCGGGAUGUGCGGUUACAGCUCCAGGCAGUUGGCUCUCUACCACCGACCUUCCAGCCGUGUGCUGCAGUGGGUUGGAUCACACACUGACGCCACAAUGGCGGGCACUGCUGCCUACAGGACCCCCUUCCAGGAUGUUACCCGCAGGGCUGGAGCUUGCCAGGAGAUCACCCCUCCCUCAUUUGUUGGCCAGAAGUUUGUUUGAGGCAAGAUUGGUCGGCCACAGGUUUAUUCUCAGUAACCACACUUGUGCGUGUUGAAGAUUGUAGCUAUGCUGGCCCAUUGUGUAAAUGAGGCCCAUGUGCUCUCUAAUGACAUGUAAGUGUGGGGACCUGGAUGAGUCAAUCUGUGUGUUGACAGGAAAGUGGAUAUGAUACUAGUUUUGUAGCUUCAGCAAUAUGGUGGAAAUAAUGUGUUACAAUCUCUGACGAUAGUGUUAUUUACUGCCAUUGUUGUGUAAGCACUCUCAUUGCUCAAUAUAGCUUGAUUAUGUUUACCGUAGAGGCAGUUUGUCAUUUGUAUGAUGCAAAAAGGGACAAAUGCUUGGCAGGGGUCAUUUGUGUGGAGAUGGUUUGCAAAACUCUCAGUAGCCUCACCUCCCCAAGAAGACCGGAAGUAUUAAAGCUGCCCAUUCCAUGCUGAAUACCUCUGGGCUGUCAAUUAAGGAUAAUGUGGAGGUUGUAGGUUGGCUUUGUAACCCAAUUAGUAACCUAUUGUUGGUAUCUAGAUCUGGAUGGUGAUGAGGAACAGCAGGACGUGGCAGCAUCCAUUAGUUUUUUCUGGAUUACAUGAUAGUGACAUGCAAUGAUUCUUAAACCUGCAUUCCCUUAUAGAGAUUAACCCAGGUGGCAAACCACAAAACCAUUAAUCUGGUUUAAAGCGUAUCUCUUAAGAGAGAGAGAGUCCCUGUGCAUCCAAACAUUGUACCUUUCUCCCUGCAAUGUCCACCAUUUGUUUCACUGCCAUGGGGGGAUUUCAAUGUUGCAUUGAUGUUUCCGUUUUGUGAUCACACCAAAAAAAUGUAGCAGUUCAUAAAACGGGGCGUGAACUGUGGCGAGGCAUUGAGCGUGGUUGAGGAAGCGUGCUGUGCCUUAGGGAGAGCACAGGGUCUGUCGAAUUGAUUUGAGAGGAUGAGUUUUUCAUGGGCAGGACCACAGGCUGUAGGGAUCAUUGUUACAGACAUUCUUGUCUGACCAAACUAACCAGUAACUAGUCGUGAUAGUUGGGGGACAAUAUCAGGCGUCCUGAAGUCAAAACCAAGUAAGGCACAAGACCAUAAUCCAAUCAGCAUUGGAUGUUGAAAAACUGGAAAGAGACUACCUGUAAUAAGUUUAUAACAGUUAGUCUCCAAGCAACAGGUUCAGCUGUGAGGAAACAGAGGAUGCAUCUAUGUCCUUACAUUCAAGUCUGACAGUUUUUUAUUGAAUGGUCACAGAACCUCCUUCAUGUUGAGCCAGUGCUCUUCCAUAGGAGUGUAGUCAACAUGGGAUGGGUUGCAAGUUACGUAAUGCACCUGGGUGAUUGACUCUGCCAGAUUUGUUUGUUGGCUCUGAAUUAACCUAUUGAUCUCAACCUUUACAGUCAGAGAGAGGGAGACCUUGGGCGACGCCUUUAUGCAGCAAACUGUUUCACACCCAUGCUCCUCUGUUUAUGAGAAUUACUGUUAAGUGCACAGAAAAAAUGAAUAUCUAGACAUUUUAGAAAAUGAUCUUCUCUAUUGCUACUAUGUAUGACUUGACACAAAGUUGACUUCAGCUGUACCAAUUACAUAAUAAAGACAAUUGUGAUGUCAGUAUAUGUGAAAUAAAUUUAAAAAUCCAGCAAACUUCC